CCCCUCCCCCUAGUUCUCUAUAAACAUUUUGAGGAAAUAAGCAGUAAUUUAUUCAUUUUUGAACUAAAGUUUAAUCGAAUUUUGCAAACAGAUUUUUUUUUCGGAUGCUGUCAUUUAACCUCCGUGACAAAACUCAUAUAGAGGCUGCAGGAUAUUUUGUUUCAAACUAUAUUUGUUUAUCUAAAUAACAAAAGUCGGGAUGUUUCCUAUUGAUUACACAGAGCUGCAGUUUCUUCGCCUGAUGAUUGUUUUUUCUGUCUGGAUCUGGAAAAAGCGACCAGUGACUCGCACCAUCAGCUCUCAGCCAAUCGCUGACACUCCAGCCCAGUCUCCUGUUUCUCCGUCUGCUGGAUUAUCUGUUGUUGUGAAUGCUGAAAGCGGCAGCAUUGUCUCUCUUCCUGCCCUCAUUAACAGCACGUUUUCAGAUCAUGUUGCCCUCGACAUCACAGGCAGCACUACUUUCACUCAAGCUUUGAAAACACAUAGUGAAAAGGAAAUUUUGGACUUGUCUACAGAAGCUCUACAGGCAUUUCUGGCGAGUCACAAAGCCAACUUGAAGAAGAAAUAUGAGUGCAUUUUUGAGGGCAGAAAGGACAACAAAACUAAAAUACUUCUGAAGAAGGUCUACACACAGCUGUACAUCACUGAAGGAGAAUUCAAAGAAGUUAACAAAGAACAUGAGAUUCUGAAAAUUGACAAAGCUUUCAGUCUGCAGAAAUCUCAGGAAAAAACAAUCCACUGCAAUGAGAUUUUCAGUCUUCAGGGGGAAAAUGAAGACAAUAAAGUUGUGCUCACCAAAGGAAUUGCAGGAAUUGGAAAAACUGUUUCAGUGCAGAAGUUUAUUCUUGACUGGGCAGAAGGAGAAGCCAACCAAUCCAUAGACUGUGUUUUCCUCCUUCCAUUUCGAGAGAUUAAUUUGAUUAAAGAUGAAGAAUUCAGCCUGCACGAAUUACUGCAGGAAUUCUACCCUGAACUGGAAAAACUCAGCGAUACAAAUUUGUACAAAAAUCUCAAGCUUGUGUUCGUCUUCGAUGGGCUUGACGAGAGUCGUCUUCCGUUGGACUUCAGUGUCCGUAAGGUGAGAAGCGAACAAAAGAAAGCCUCUGUGAACGCUCUUAUCACAAACCUGAUUGAAGGAAAUCUGCUUCCUUCUGCAUUGGUCUGGAUCACCUCUCGGCCAGCAGCAGCCAAUCAGAUCCCCUCGCAGCAUGUGAGCUUGUUUACAGAAGUGCGAGGAUUCACUGACAAACAAAAGGAGGAGUACUUUAAAAAGAGAAUAACGGAUGUAAAUCAUGCCUCUAAAAUCAUCUCACAGAUUAAGAAAUCUCGGAGCCUCUAUAUCAUGUGCCACAUCCCCAUCUUCUGCUGGAUCACUGCUACGGUGCUUCAGGAGAUGCUGGUGCAAAGUGAUGGUGAAGAAAUUCCCACUACACUGACCGAAAUGUAUAUCCACUUCCUGCUUAUACAGAUGAACAUCAAAAACCAGAAGUAUGAUGACAAAGAAGAGCGAGAUUUAAAGAAGCUGCUGGAAAUGAACAGAGAACCGAUCCUGAAACUGGCCAAGCUGGCGUUUACACAGCUUGAGAAAGGGAACAUCAUGUUCCAUGAAGAUGACCUGAUAGAGUGUGGCAUUGAUGUCAGGAUAGAUUCAGAGUACACUGGGAUGUGUGCUGAGAUCUUUAAAGAAGAAUCUGUGCUUCACGAGAAGAAGGUUUACUGUUUCAUACAUUUGAGUAUUCAGGAGUUUCUCGCCGCACUCCAUGUUUUCGACUCCUACACCAACAAAAACAUGAAUGAGUUACAAUUUUUCUUCAAAGAUUUCCCUCCUAUAGACACCCAGCUGGAUGUUUUGCUGAAGAAGGCUGUUGAUAAAGCCAAGGACAGUGAGAAUGGCCAUUUAGAUCUCUUUCUUAGGUUUCUGUUAGGAAUUUCACUUGAGUCCAAUCAGAAACUCCUGCAAGGCAUCUUUACACAAAUACAGUUAACCAAAAAGAGCAUUAGCAGAGUGAUCCAGUUUAUUAGGCAAAAGCAGAACGUAUCUCCUGAUUUGUCCCCUGAGACAUCAAUCAAUCACUUCUUUUGUCUGAUGGAACUGAAAGACGGCUCCCUGUACAACCAAAUCAAGAAAUAUCUGUGUACAGACAAGUUUCCAGAUAGAGAAUUGUCUUCAUCAAAUUGCUCAGCUCUGGCCUACUUGAUAUUAAUGUCAGGAGACGUUUUGGAGAAACUUGACCCGAAAAAAUUCAACCCCUCUAAUUUAGCCUAUAGGAGACUCAUCCCAGCUGUGAGCUGCUUCAGAAAAGCUUGGCUUGCUGGUUGUGAGCUGACUGAAACAUGCUGGGAGACUGUGGCUUCAGCUCUAGAGGCAGAAAACUCAGUUCUGACCGAGUUGGACCUGAGCGAUAAUUACAGAGUUGAGAAGGGAGCAAAGUUUCUUUCUGAUGGACUGAGGAGUUCACACUGUAAGCUGGAGAUACUGAGGUUAGCAAGAUGCCAUUUCUCGCAGUGCAGCUGUGCUGAACUUUCUUCAGCCCUCACAUCAGUUUCAUCUUCUUUGCAUGAACUGGACCUGAGCAACAAUGACCUGCAGGACAGCGGACUGGAGCUGCUCUUUGCUGGACGGGAAAAUUUAUACUGUAAAUUACAAGUUCUGAGGCUGAGCUGGUGUAACCUCACCAAGAAGAGCUGCUCAUUCCUCUCCACUGUUCUCAAUACUUUAAAAGAGUUGGACCUUAGUAACAAUGACCUGCGGGAUUCAGGAGUGAAGCUCAUUUCUGAAGGACUCACCAAUGAACACUGCAAACUCCAGAUACUGAGGUUGUCUGGCUGUUUAGUGACAGAAGAAGGAUUUUCUUUAUUGGCAAUCGCUCUAAGUUCAAACUCCUCAUCAGUCCUGACAGAUCUCGAUCUGAGCUACAACAAUCCAGGAGAUAAAGGAGAAAAGCUGCUCUAUGAACUACCGAAUAAUCCAAACUGCAAACUGAAGACACUCAAGAUGGAACCAAAAAGUGCCCGAUUUAUCAAAGCUGGGGUCAAAAAGUAUGCCUGUGAGCUCACAUUCAACCCAAACACAGCCCACACACAACUGUGUCUGUCCGAGUCAAACAAGAAGGUCUCUUACACAGCCAAAAAUCAGCAGUACCCAGAUCACCCAGAGAGAUUUCAGGUGCAUCGACAUGUUCUGUGUAAGGAGACUCUGUGCCAUCGCUGUUACUGGGAAGUUUGUUUCGAAGACUCAUCACCAGAAAUUGGCAUCGCAUAUCCUGAUAUUCAGAGGGAAGAUAUAAACCUGCCAGUGUGGGAUGCUCACAUGAAGCUUGGGUUAAACCACGUCUCAUGGGCACUCUGUACCUUUACCAGCGAACGUUUCUUUGCCAGACACAAUUCAGAGGACACAGACAUAUACAUACUAAAGUCAAACAGGAUAGGUGUGUAUCUGGACUGGCCUGCUGGAACUCUGUCCUUUUACAGCAUCUCACCAGAUACACACUCGCUUACACACUUGCACACAUUCUGCACAGUGUUUAAGAAGCCGGUGCAUCCAGGGUUCAGUGUGGAAAGCGGCUCUCUGACCUUGUGCCAGCUGGAUUAAAUGGCAGAAUAAAGGAGUGAAUUGUUUAAUUUUUUUAAUUAAAGUUUUAUGCAUAUUUAAUGUAUUAUAAAUGUCUGGAAUCAUUUAAUUAAAGAAAUGUAAAAUAAGUCUAAAAAAAUAAAAAUAUAUAUUUCUGAAA